AUGUCACAAAAUAAGAACACAAAUUCUGGCUGCAUCUUCGUCACAAGCGCGCUUGUAAUUGGAACUGCGCUUGCUUGUCUUGUUGCAGUAAAUUUUUAUCAAAUAUGGACACUAAAACAGGAUAUAGAGUUUUUAAAACUGCAAUGCAACUUCAUAUCGAAUGACCCUGGAAAAGUUAAUGGUGACACAGAAAGGACAAAGAGACAAGUUGUUGGAGAUUUAUCUACUUAUAUCAGAAAUAUAACGAAUCAACAAUUGGAAAUAAAAUGUAAUGUCAAUACAACAAUAUGUUUACAAGGGAGUAAGGGUGAAGUUGGGCUUCCAGGUUUACCCGGAAGUAAAGGCGAUACCGGAAGUAAAGGUGCUCAAGGUCUUGCUGGACUUCCUGGUUUACCAGGUGCGGACGGACACAAUGGAUCUAAAGGUGGUGACGGACCAAUGGGACCUGUAGGGGCCAAAGGUGACAUGGGUUUACCAGGGGUCAAAGGUGAAACUGGCGUAAAAGGUGACACUGGUGUUCAAGGCUUACAAGGGCUUCAAGGUUUAAAGGGUGAGAUGGGUGACGCGGGUCAGAAUGGUAUGAACGGAACACGGGGUACUCCUGGGAUUCAGGGAACUACUGGACUUCCGGGAAGUAAAGGGGAACCAGGAUUAUCAGGACCCCCGGGUCUACCAGGGCUACAGGGGGCUACUGGACUCCCGGGGCAGAAAGGAGAACAAGGUGUGAAGGGCGAAGAUGGACCAUUUGGACCGACUGGAACAAAGGGGGAGCAAGGAGUUAGUGGUCCCCAGGGACCAAAAGGCGCCGUGGGACUUCAAGGACUUCCGGGUCAACCUGGGUCAAAAGGUGAACAAGGUCAGAUGGGACUUCCCGGUGCACCAGGAGCAGCAGGAUUAGAUGGACUUCAGGGAUUACAGGGACAGAAAGGAGAAAUGGGACCACAGGGACCAAAGGGAAAUACUGGUGAUGCUGGUCCAUUCGGACCUGCUGGUGUUAAAGGCAAUCAAGGAGUACCUGGUUUGUCCGGACCCAAAGGAGAGAGGGGUGAAAAAGGAGAAGCUGGACAGAUGGGAUUUACGGGUGCGCAAGGUCAAAAGGGAGAGCAAGGAGUUCAAGGAUUUCAGGGGGUUACGGGGCAGAAAGGAGAAUACGGAAGCAUAGGUCCAGUUGGACUUCCGGGUUCACCUGGACAACCAGGGAUUAUGGGAAUAAAAGGGCAACCUGGACCUCAAGGCCUGCCUGGAUUAAAGGGAGAAUUGGGGCCUAGGGGAUACAAUGGACUUCCGGGUCCAGCUGGCGCCAUUGGUCCUUCCGGUCCACAGGGUCAGAAAGGGGAGAGAGGACAACAGGGAUACUUUGGACAAAAGGGGGAGAAGGGGGACACUGGAGCUGGCAGCGACUGCUGUACACACUUAGCAAAACCUACAAUUCAAGGAAGCGUAGGAACAAUAUAUCACGUGACAGCGAAAGAGAACAACACCGUCAUUUUACCAUGUAAGGUCAACGGCUAUCCUCCGCCCAAGGUCACGUGGUCCAAAGAUAAUGGUGUCCCCGUUAUCAACCAGGGCGUGUUAACUGUAAAUGGUCUGCUUCUAGUGGAUGUUCAUGUAAGGGACUCCGGAAAUUAUACCUGUAAAGCCGAGAGCAUUCUGGGAAUUCAAGAAAAAAUUGUAGAAUUAAUGGUAAAAGAUGGAAAAGCAAAAAUUCAUCCAGAUCUAGAAUACGUCGGUGCUAAGGUGGGACAAAUUGUACAAAACUUGUGCAGGGUUACAGAAGCUGAUCAUUACAACCUUCAGUAUUCCAAGGUCACAGGGUCAUUUCCGGUUCACAACAUUAACCCGGAUGGGAGUAUUCAGUUCGCAAUGACAGGGGAACGUGACACUGGAGAAUACCAGUGCGAGGCUACAACGGAUACCGGAAAUGUGUUUGCCGCCUUUUAUGUUUAUAAAGACAUGGGGCAACUCACAUGUCAGACCACAUUUGCUGAUUGUGCAAAAUUGGACAAGUCUUACUGCGGUGGCACUUGUCCUGCAGGAUGUACUGAUCUUAAUGAAGUCUUCCACGCACAUCGAUUCGCACUGAAUUUACCUGUAUGUCGGGCCGCCUUAAAUAGCGGUGAUCUGACGUCAUUGGGAGGUCACGUGGUUUGGAAAAAUGAACAUGCAAACGGCGGUGAGGCUUCAGAGUUUGUACAAGCCACACAAGUUAAACGUCCAUCUCUUGCCAUACUGGGAUAACUACGCCAUCUCCAAAUUAAUUUCAUCAUAUUUAUAUAUUAUAUUCAAAUGUAAUUUGUGUACAU